GAACAAAAAUCCAGAGUGAAAGUAUUUCAGGUCCAGUGAGUGCUUCUUUAUUUACCCUCAGUAAGGAGCCUGUUCCAGGAGCACUUGGGAUUUAAUUGCAGGAAAUAAGGACAGAUCUGCCUGGUGCAUGCUCACCCUUUCCCCGUUUCCCUUUGCAGCGUGCAUUGUUUUCUCUGUAUAAGUAUCCAGUGCAUAUGAUUAUAUAUAUGCUCCGCACAGCCCUGCGCAGGUGUGAGGCAUGCAUGCUGCCCAGGCACUGCCCAGCUGCUGCUGCUGCCGCCGCUGCUGCUGCUGGCUGCUCUGAGGGAUUUACCUGCUACUACUGCCUGGCCGUGGAAGGAAGGAGCAUGAGCCCGUCCCUGGGAAGAGGAUGCUUGGCUCUGCAGAAUUGAGCCAGUAACAUCCAGCUGCCAGAGACAGACACUGCUCUGAGGCGCUCACACUCACACAGGGGGGAUCUGAAUGUGCAGGUGACCGGGGCGAGGAGGCAGCAGACAGGGUCAAAGCCAGAAGCCGCUCUGUGGACUAUACAGCAUGGAAGAGAAUGACCAGAACCAUAGGGAUGCGGAGCAGCAGCAGCCAGAGUCAGGGGAUGAGUCCAACCGGGGGAUCCUGCCCCUACUCCAGGCUCCGGGGAACCACCAGCCCCAUCACCGGAUCACCAACUUCUUCAUCGAUAACAUCCUGCGGCCGGAGUUCGGGCGGAGGAAGGAAGGCGCCCCCCAGCAGGAGGAGGUCUUCCCGGGCAGCAGGGGCACGGUGGCUCGCUCUGGGGCAGAGCCCGGGCAUCACAGAGGUAGUGCCACGGAGGGAGAAGGGGGAUCCAAAGCAAUCACUGUCACGGGAGAUAAGAAAAGUGAGGUGGGCAUAGAAGGACCCCUGAAACCCAGAGGCUUGAGUGGAGGAGACCAUUCCCUGAGCUCAGACUCUGAUAGUUCACAAGCCAGCUCCACCAAUAACCAGCAGCCCAUGCUAUGGCCAGCCUGGGUCUACUGCACCAGGUACUCAGAUAGACCGUCAUCAGGUCCCAGAUCCCGCAAACCAAAGAAGAAAACAGUCAGUAAAGAAGACAAGAGGCCCAGGACAGCUUUCACCGCGGAGCAGCUCCAGAGACUGAAAGCUGAAUUUCAAACUAACAGGUAUUUGACCGAACAAAGAAGACAAAGUUUGGCCCAGGAACUGAAUCUUAACGAAUCUCAGAUUAAAAUCUGGUUUCAGAAUAAACGAGCUAAAAUUAAAAAAGCGACUGGGGGGAAAAACUCCCUGGCACUUCACUUGAUGGCACAAGGACUAUACAACCACUCCACCACUUCCAAGGACAGCAAAUCAGACAGUGAAUAAUAAAAGCGGUGGAGUGAUGCAAAGUCUUACAAUGCAAUAAUUAAAAUUAAAAAAUAAAUAAAUGAAUUUAAUCCAGUGAAAGAAUGACCAGGGCCAGUGUACAAACAAAAUACCAGCAUUCUGCUUCAAAGUGUUAUUGGGAUAAAUCCGCAAUAUUCUAUGUAAAUAUAAUUUACAGGCAAAAAGGAAACAAAAAACUAAAAAUCCAAAAUAUCCGAUCCUGAACUAUUUUUUUUGGUUUCUUUUUUGUUUUUAAAGGAACAGAUUCUCUAUCUUUACCAAUUAUUUUCUGCUUAGGCGUUUAUUUUAUACUAAGCGAUGUUCUGGGUGUUGGACGUUCAGACAGUGAAGACAUGAAGAGCUCUGCUAUAAGUCCAAAGAAUUUAACUGCUGCAUUUUUCGCACUACUGUGAAUUUAAUAAAUAGCUAAUAUUUGUCUUAUGUUUUUAUAUUAUAAUUUUUUGUGUUAUCUUAAAAUAAAAAAGCAGGAACCAUGUUUUAUUGCAUUGUAUUGAAACGUACUUUUUCUUCAGAAAAAAAGAUGUUUAAUAGUUGUGUAAAGAGUUGCAGAAUAUGAUUUAUUUAUACAUGGAGGGUUGAUAUAUAGUUUUGCACUUAGUUUUUUGUUUUGUUUGUGGUUUAAUUUUUAUUUGUCCAGGAGAGGAGAGGAGGGUGUCUCAGCAUCAGUGCCAAGGGUAGGAUGGAGGAGUGUCUGUAAACAACUUGAGAUAUCGGCUAUGAAUAUCAUUGUUUCCCUGUUGUAAUACUAGAAUGCUUCAUACGACAACAAGACAUCCAAUGAGGGUGCAGAUGCUGGUUUCACCCUGCAGCAUUCAAGCUUAACGCUCCGCCCCCUUAUUACCCAGUCACUUCCCAAAUACCCUUCCCUACCAAUGCCAAACAGCGCUGGUGCAGUCUUGUCAUAGGCGCAAACCGGUGACUAGCGUAGAAUAAAACAGUUUUGUACUGAAUGUUGACAUCUUUUCUCCAUUGCAAUAUAUACAAAACAUACAACAGAUGUAUCUAAAUGUUGUUCGUGGCUAUUUUUCUUUCUCUGACACCAGACAUGAAAUAAGUAUACCCCAGCAUCUACACACUAUAUACUGUCACACAUGCGAUUAUGUUCUCCAAUAUUGCCUAUUAAAGCAGUCGUUAGCCCCCCUUUUUUCAGGGGGGGAGGGGUGUCAAAGUUUGUGAAGACAAAUGGUAAAUAUGUACUGCAAUUAAACAAGUAUGUACUGCAGUUAAACAAAUAUGUACUGCAAUUCUACAUAGUAAGUGGCAGACAUUGCAUAUAAUGCUCUUAUCAUGGGAGUUAUGUACGAUUUACGAUCUGCUAAUAGUUUUUAACUCCACCUAGCCCAACAUUCUGCAGGUUUUCAGCCUGUUUAGCAAUAAAAGUGCUAAAUAUUGUUUCAGCAGUUUCCCCAGAUCUGGUGGGAGGUGAAGGUUGAGAGGUGGAUUCUUAAUGCAAGAAAUAAGAAGAUAAAUCCGAUAUCAUAAUUUUUAAACGAUGGAACUCAAAUACUUAUUUUCUUUAUUAGUAGCUUCUUAUUCGUCAAAAUCAAUCACAACUACAAUGUAAAUACAAUAUGUCGCCAUUAGUGUUUGUUCUGCACAGCUUAUUCUUAUUUUUACAAUGUAUUACAGUGUAAAUAAAAUGUCUCACAUUUUGAUGAAA